CGCAGCAGCUGUUGGUGUGUAAAUACGGCUACCAAAUAGCCCCAACAUCGAAAAUGUAUCUCGCCAUUGGUUUGAUAAUCGCCUGUCUAACUACGGAAAUCGCUGGUACGACGGCUACGCUGGUGAACAUCAAAAAUGGUCCAAUAUUGGGUGAGAAGCGUGGAGAAUAUUACGCAUUCGAAGGAAUCCCUUAUGCGAAGCCUCCGGUGGGUAAGUUCCGCUUCGCAUCAUCGGAACUGAACGAUGAUCGCUGGACCGAACCGCGCAACACUACUAGCCGAGGCCCCGUAUGUCUGCAGUGGAAUCAUCUAAAUCCGAACAAAGAUAAACUGGAGGGUGUGGAGGAUUGUCUGUUCCUGAACGUGUACACAAGAUCCAUCGAUCCUUCUGCCCGGUUGCCUACGAUCGCAUUCAUCCAUGGUGGUGCAUUUAUGUUCGGUACGGGUAACUUCUACGAGCCCGACCACAUCAUGCGCGGACAGAUGAUUCUGGUUACCUUUAACUAUCGGCUCGGACCGCUCGGCUUUCUCAGCACCGAGGACGAUGUGAUUCCGGGCAACUAUGGACUGAAAGAUCAGGUAACCGCUUUACGGUGGAUUCGUGAAAACAUUCAACCAUUCGGAGGUGAUCCUAAGACUGUAAGCUUGGUGGGAUACUCGGCUGGUUCUGCUAGCGUCCAUCUCCAUUAUCUAUCUCCCCUGUCGAGAGGACUGUUCAGUUCAGGCAUUGGACAUAGUGGAUCGGCACUCAGCCCUUGGGUAAUUGCCGAGCGAUCGAUAGAAAAGGCAGUAAGAAUCGGAGCUGUACUAGGUUGCCCAACAAGAAAAACACAAGCCCUGCUGGACUGUCUACGAAAGCUACCAGCAGAAGACAUCGUGCGACAAGUGCCAAACUUUCUCGACUUCCUGUACAACCCGUUCUCGCCGUUCGGGGUAGUUGUGGAGAAGGAGGGCCCUCUCAAUCCUUCCCCAUUCCUUACCGAUACACCGCGAUCCCUAAUGAAGAGUGGAAAAAUCGCCAAAGCGCCACUGAUCAUGUCGGUUACACAGGCGGAAGGUCUUUACCCAGGAGCUGAAUUCAUAAGCGAUCCAACUUAUCUGCAACAGAUCGAUUCCCGUUGGAAUGAGCUCCUGCCAAGCAUUCUUGACUAUAAAGCAGCCGUUCCGGAUCCUAUGGAACGUGACCGUCUUUCGGAAACGAUUCGGAACCGCUACUUCAAACCAGACGAACGAUUAACGCUGGCAAAUUUCCAUAAAUUAAUAAGGAUUAUUUCUAACCGACUCUAUUUUGCCGGGUUUACCGAGUCGAUCAAGCUCAUGCAACCACACAUCAAGCUGUACUCAUACGUGGAUUAUUUCAAAAUUAAGUACGGCCUUGGUGAGAAGCUUUCGAGGCGCUCCGAAACCAGGAGCUUCGGUGUAUCCCAUGGUGAAGAUGUCGAUCUCAUAUUCCACAGCAUUGCUCGUGAAAAUUUGCCUUAUAGCAAGGCAGAGAGAGAAGUAACUGAACAUUUCGUAGCCAUGUACAGUCAGUUUGCGAAAGGAAAAAUGCCUCGCUUUGGCUCCAAUGUGAUACCUCUGCAAGAUACUCCGGACAGGAUCACGUACUUGAGGAUCGGUUAUCCUCGUUGCAGGGUGGUACGUGUUGAGAGUUUAAGUGAUGAAUCAUUUUGGAACAGUCUUGACUUUCAUGAUGCUCCAUACGAAACAGUUUGAGGGAUCGCGAUCUUUACAAACUGAAGAAUGAUUAGAGCUGUUGUUGGAAUAGCACGUCAGUGUCGAGUCAGUAUAUAGAAAAAGUAAAAUAAAAACCUAAAAGUCACACCAACAGAUACCUUUUUACACAAACGAUUCUUGUUAUGCUCAAAUACACGAGCAUCGCAUAUGCGCGAUCGAUAAUUGUUCAAACGAAGUCAAGUCUAAACGAACGCGUGCGUCUUACCCUUCACUGUGGAGAAGCAAAUCACCACUAAUCAAACCCCUGCGAUCUUUGCGAGCUGUUUUUAUUCUCACAGUUUUUCUCCCUGGCUCGUUCAGAGUACGCUGAAGGCGCGAUAAGAGAACGGCACCCAUCCAUCUCACUCACACUGCAUUCACUUGUAAUCAAAUUUACAUUCAAAGCCUACGAAGUGGUACUUGCGCUAAGAUACCGUAUCAAAAAAACAGUCUCGCAGCAGCUGUUGGUGUGUAAAUACGGCUACCAAAUAGCCCCAACUUCGAAAAUGUAUCUCGCCAUUGGUUUGAUAAUCGCCUGUCUAACGACGGAAAUCGCUGCUACGGCGGCUACGCUGGUGAACAUAAAAAAUGGUCCAAUAUUGGGUGAGAAGCGUGGAGAAUAUUACGCAUUCGAAGGAAUCCCUUAUGCGAAGCCUCCGGUGGGUAAGUUCCGCUUCGCAUCAUCGGAACUGAACGAUGAUCGCUGGACCGAACCGCGCAACACUACUAGCCGAGGCCCCGUAUGUCUGCAGUGGAAUCAUCUAAAUCCGAACAAAGAUAAACUGGAGGGUGUUGAGGAUUGUCUGUUCCUGAACGUGUACACAAGAUCCAUCGAUCCUUCUGCCCGGUUGCCUACGAUCGCAUUCAUCCAUGGUGGUGCAUUUAUGUUCGGUACGGGUAACUUCUACGAGCCCGACCACAUCAUGCGCGGACAGAUGAUUCUGGUUACCUUUAACUAUCGGCUCGGACCGCUCGGAUUUCUCAGCACCGAGGACGAUGUGAUUCCGGGCAACUAUGGACUGAAAGAUCAGGUGACCGCUUUACGGUGGAUUCGUGAAAACAUUCAUACAUUUGGAGGUGAUCCUAACACAGUUAGCCUGGUGGGAUACUCGGCUGGUUCUGCUAGCGUCCAUCUCCAUUAUCUAUCUCCCCUGUCGAGAGGACUGUUCAGUUCAGGCAUUGGACAUAGCGGAUCGGCACUCAGCCCUUGGGUAAUUGCCGAACGAUCGAUAGAAAAGGCAGUAAGAAUCGGAGCUGUACUAGGUUGCCCAACAAGAAAAACACAAGCCCUGCUGGACUGUCUACGAAAGCUACCAGCGGAAGACAUCGUGCGACAAGUGCCAAACUUUCUCGACUUCCUGUACAACCCGUUCUCGCCGUUCGGGGUAGUUGUGGAGAAGGAGGGCCCUCUCAAUCCUUCCCCAUUCCUUACCGAUACACCGCGAUCCUUAAUGAAAAGUGGAAAAAUCGCCAAAGCGCCACUGAUCAUGUCAGUUACACAGGCCGAAGGUCUUUAUCCAGGAGCUGAAUUCAUAAGCGAUCCUACCUAUCUGGAACAGAUCGAUUCCCGUUGGAAUGAGCUCCUGCCAAGCAUUCUCGAUUACAAGACAGCCGUUACUGAUCCGAAGAAGCGUGACCGUCUGUCGGAAAUGAUUCGGAACCACUACUUCAAACCAGACGAACGAUUGACGUUGGAAAAUUUCAAUGUACUCAUACAGAUCAUUUCCAACCGACUAUACUUUGCAGGAGUUACCGAAUCGGCAAAGCUGAUGCACCCGUUCACCAACUUGUAUCUGUACUACGAUCUGUACAAAGCCGUGUACGGUGUUGGGGAGGCUCUAUCCCAUCAAGAUGAACCAGCAUUGCUGGGAGUUGCACACGGUGAUGAUGUCCUGCUAAUAUUCCCAAGCGUCCUACGCGACGACGUACCGUACACGGAAGAGGAAAUGAUGGUGGUCGAUAGAUUUGUAGCCAUGUACGAGUCUUUUGUCAAAGGAGAUAAGCCACGGUUUGGUACUUACGAGCUACCGAUGCAAGAUUCUGACGAUAAGGUGGUGUUUUUGAGCCUCAACUACCCACAAAGUGAAAUUGUGCGAUCGGAAGGAAUGAGUGAUGAGAUGUUUUGGAACACGCUUGAUUUUAACGAUGGACCAUAUGCAUCAACCGCUGAACAAAUGCAUACCGAGCUGUAGGUUUAGGGACAAACGGAAGAAUAUCGCAAAAAGCAGCUCUUAAAACAAUCCCAAGAGGAAGGCUUUGCAAAAUAUUUUUACUAAAGAUCUGUAUAGAUAUAAUUUAACGCCUGCCAUUUUGAACUAUUUGCUAACAUCAAAUAGAUAAAAUAAAAUGGCGGCACUUUAUGAUUCUAAGCCUUCAGGUAAAUUGAACAAAAGGUGUUAAACCGAUCGUUUUAUAUACGGUUAAAGCAAUAAAGAAGGGCAGUGGUCUCAGGGGCAAAACUAGGCUAUUGUACCAUUGUACCAUAAGA